AUGUCAAAAAUUCCGAUGGACUCUCUAGACCAAGAGCAACAAAGCGACCGAGAUAGUGGUAUCGUUACGACAGGCACCUCUGAGAAUAGCCAACGGUCAGUGAGUCGCUUGCCACUGUUGAAAUUGGAUUUCGGCACCGUCGGUGGUGAGAACUUGACGGCUGCUCGGCUGCAUGUGGUAAACGAUUCCUUUUUUGAAAAUGAAUCUGCCCCAAGAAAUGGAGAUCAACGCGUCAACAUUAUAGCUAUCCAUGAACUGGCAGGAUCCUGGAAUAAGUCUUGGACAUCAAAAGAGACAUCCUUUUUCUGGUUACGUGAUUCUCUACCAGAACAUUUGCCGAAGGGAGCGCGCAUCCUAAGCUUUGGUUAUUCCGGCACGCCGAAGGCCGCCGCCGAUGCUCUUCUUAGCGAGCUUGUCGACGACCGAGCCAAAACAUCAUAUUUUUGGGGGCUUUUUGUUUCAACCCACCUCACCUUCAACCAGCGCCAAAGAGUCUCUGAAAUCCAUUCAUCUAUUAAGGGAUUUGUAUUUCUUGGAGUAGACCACUAUAAUGUGAUCGAUAUCCAAGUGAUUCGUUCGCUUGCUCUUGGAACAGCCCUGCCAAGAGUUAUCUCAUGGGGCCUAUCGAAUCAGUGGAUCGUACAGUGGUAUAUAGAGGACUGGCGGAAUCAGAUACCUCGGAUAAAUUAUCAGUUCGCUUCUUUGGGUGGAGAACGUCUCCCAGUCGCUUGUUUCUGGGAAGCCGUGCCUACUACAACCAACCUGGUCACUAGAGAGAGUAGUGUCUUGAUACCCAAGGAUGCCGCAACUCUUGAUCUCCCGUGGGUCGAGAACUGGCAUCUCAACAAAAAUCACGCCAACCUGGCUCGAUAUGACUCUGAUGAUAGUGACUGUAGGAGACUGAUACACUCAAUUUCCUAUAUUAUAAGGCAGAUUCAGGAUCCUAUGGUUUCCAAAGCCCCAGGUCUUCGGAAUGAGAACAGUGAAGUUGCACAAAUAUUACCGAAUGUUCCUACUAUCAAGCAAAGUUUUCAAGAUUCAUCGGAGGCUAUAGCUCUACCUGCACCUGUUCAUCUGGUGGAUGAUCACGCGUCAUCAGAGACACCAGGUCUCCGAAUUUUGUCUCUAGAUGGCGGGGGCGUCAGAGGGCUAUUUUCUACUAUUGUUCUUGAGGCUAUUAUGGAGAAAGUCCGCCAAUAUGACCUUCCCAAUAGUCCGGAUGCUCUACGGCCUUGUGAUUACUUCGAUCUCAUCGGAGGAACAAGCACUGGAGGCCUCCUGGCAAUCAUGCUUGGUCGCCUUACUAUGGCCUCAACGAUUUUUAAGAAGGGCCGAUGGCGAAGCUGGGGCCCUGACUACCUCUAUUUUGCGUUUAACAGGCCUUGGUUCUCUGGAGACAUACUGAAAGGAGCAAUUCAAGAGGUCGUAUCUCAGUGGUUAAGUACCCCAGAGAAAGAGUCAUUAAAACAGGGCCAUAUUGUUCCAUCCGAGGCCUUCCUCGGAGGGCUUCAAGAUACGCAGUGCAAAACUUUUGUCUGCGCCGUCCUUGAGGGAAGUGAUAAAGUUGAACGACUGAGAGCUUACGACUCUAGUGCGGGAGGAGCCACGCGCUGUAAAAUAUGGCAAGCAUGCAGAGCUACUUCAGCAGCACCGUUGUACUUUCCUGAGAUCGAGAUUAAUGGCCAAAAAUACUGGGAUGGAGGCAUGAUGAGCAAUAAUCCCAUCUUUGAGGUGUACGACGAAGCAAAGAAUGUUUGUGAGGGAAGGAGUUUCGAUGCGAUUGUCAGCAUUGGCACGGGAAAGCCACAGCACAUGAAUCCUGCCCAGGGGUUUGGCAUAGUGAAGUACAUGGCAGCCCAAAUGACGAAUACGGAGGGAAAACAUGAAGAAUUCAUGGCAAAGCGUCGAGUUGGAGGGUUGUAUUCUCGACUAAACGAAGUACAUGAUCUGCAUAAAAUCGGAAUGGACGACUGGAAGCAACUGAAUAAAGUGGAGGAGCUGGCUCUCAGGUUUAUUGCGUCUCCGGAGGGCAAAACUGAGAUUGAUAAUUGUGCCAGGAGAAUUGCUAGAAGACGAAAUUCCCAGUUUUGA